UAUUCCUCAAAACUGCAGGGCUGGCCUUCACCUCAGUAGGGUGUGUCUACUGAGAGCAGAUGUGAAGUGUUUCAAUGAGGAACUGUUGGUCAGUUACAAGAAACACUGCUCUUUUGUUUGUAGCGAUUUCUGCCUUGGAUUAUGCCGUACCAUGGAAACAUCAUUCCCCUUGCUUCUGCUGGUUCUGUGGCUCAAGAGUUUGCUGAACUGGCUGGUGGUCGUGGUGCAGCGACACUAUGUGAUCAGGAGCUUCUCAGGAUUCUUCUGCAUUUCCUUGGCACUGAUUGACAGCCUCUUGAGUUUGGUCCUCACAGCUAUUUUCUAUCUGGAAGACUUCAACAUCUCAGGCUGGCACUUCACCAGGUAUCACAUAUGCCUGCUGGCUCAGAUUACGUGUUUUAUCUAUGCCGUGCUCCAAUGGCCAGUCUUCCUUCUUGUAGGACUAGAUAACUUCUGGAUGCUAUCAUUCAGCUCAGCGCACACAUCCUGGAAACAAAAGCUGACUUACAUUGCUGGAGUAUGUCUCCUUUGGAUUCUAGCAGCUUUGUACGUUUUCUGGGAGUCUGGUGUUGUUCUGUUAUUAGGGGAUGAUGAGGAGCACCAAUGCGAGCUGUUUAGCAGCCCUCAGACUUCUCAGGUUCUCAUCGCGUUGCUACUGACGGUCACAGGCGUCAUUCUUUACUCGCACGCUCCGUUUGAGAAAUGGAGGGUGCAGGUGUCUCUGCAUUCCACGCAACAAAGCUGCUUGGUUUGUGUAAGGCGAGCUAUGCAUACAUUUCUCAACACAUGGGCCUCGUUUCUCGUUCUGAUGGUCGUAUUACCGCUUCUGCAGAUAGAGAUGCACACGCACCUGCAGAUGAACGUCAUCUGGUUGAGUUUCCUUAACAGUUUUUCUGUGGCGUUGGCUCUGAGCGGCCGCUCUUUUACACCGAAUUCCAAGAAAAGCGACACCAUUACAGAUGGUUUUUGUACCUGGUACUUUUGUUCUACAUGUGGAGCUGACGAGUGGAAUUAUGGACAACAAUUCGGUGACCGCACUCAAGUUAAAACACUUAACAUCUGACCAUGUUUACUGUGAAGAAGGCGUUUUUUUGUUGUUGUUGUUUUCAUGUUUGCGUUAAAAAAGAAACACCUGUGGGGUUGUAAAUUACGAACAUUGUUUGCACAACUGGUCUUUACUUUAAGAAAUAAUUUAUAUUAGACCAGCACAUUUUACCAGACUACUGAAGUAAAAUAUGUGAUUUCUACUUGCAAGUGUCUUUACGUGUAUAUACAAAUAAACUGAAGCCUAAACUGAAGCCAUGAAAAUUACAAGAUACACAAAAGUAAGGAAGUAAAUUUACAUUUGAACUAGCAGUCUAACCGGUUUAUUCACUCUCCGAUGCUACUGCAGUUUAGAAAUAUUUACAUAAGACAACAUUAGAGACAGACUGUCUAAAAAUAUGUCAAUAUUUACUCACCCCUAUGUCGUUUCAAACUUGUGAGACUUUCUUCUGCGGAAAAUAAGAUUUAACCCUUCGAAGAUACGAAUACGAAAUUCAGGUUUAAUGGAGUAAAGCAUGUUUAAUGGAGUUUUUAUUUAAUAAGGCGUUCACUGACACACUAUAAAACUAUGAACUACAAAAGAAAAUAUUUAACAAAAAAAACUUUUAUUGCUCGUAUGAUAUACUGGAAGUAUGAUGGUCACUUUUACUACAGUUACUUUUAAAAGUAAUGCAUUACGAUAUUACGUUACUUUUUUUUUUUUUUAAAAAAAUCUGGACAGGGCUUGCUUCUUUGUUUUUAAUAUAAAAAAUUGUAUUUUUGACAAAUGUAAAAGCCCCUUCAUAUAACCAAAAGCCUCAGGCUGAAGGAAAAGUAAAUUCACGUCUGUACAGUAGAACGUGAAAGAAGAAAGUUCAACACUUUUCAGCAAUAAAAUGUUAGUUUAUCUUGAGUAAUGUCUUGCUUAUAAGUAUAGUUGAACUGGAUCAUCGAAGGUUAGCAGCAAAGUCACUGGUUAACAAAAUGAGAUUAAAUAGUUAAAGGAUAUUUGUAUUAUUUAACAUAUUUGAUUAAUGCAGGUUUGAGUCAUAUUCCGAGUUGCAUUUCACUGUUUUUAUUCAUUUUGAGGAAUACUAAAGGCACAUCUUUUAAUUAAUAAAUGGGAAAAUAAAGUAACUGACGUUACUUAUUUGAAAAAGUAACUAUUUUCUUGUAAAUUAAAAAGUAAUGUGUUACUUUACUUGUUACUUGAAAAAAAGUAAUCUGACUACAUAACUCACUACCCCCAACACUGUCUGCCAAUAAUAUAUCUCAGUAAGAUAAUAUUUUGAUAUUUGUACAAAUCAAAAUUCCUCAAUAAGCAUGUUGUAUCAUAUUUAAUACAUACAUAUUAACAUGUUUUUUUUUAAAAAAAGGGCAUAUGGAUAAUUAAGUAAACCUAGCUGCUUCAAUCCGUAAGUGUUUGUCUUGAAAUAUUAAUAAAAAGUAUAAAAGUUAUGUUUUAUUUCUAAAAAUCAUCGGACGUUUCACAUAAAAAAUAACUAUACUUGUUAAAAAAAAGUGUAAACUAUUAAUCAGUGACAGACAGAGGACAUGUAGUAGAGUUUCUCAGCAAAAUUUGAAUUAUAUUGAUAAUUUAGGGGCCUUUAAAAUUAAUGUAGUUCAUGUACAUUUAUCAAAUAUUAUACAGUAGGCUUUAUAGAGUUAAAGAAUGUUUCAGAUGUUUUUUUUUUU